CGUCCGCCGUGACAUCCACUCCUUAACCUCCAAAGCAUAACUCGCGAUGGACUCCACGGAUCUUCUUUCGUCCUUCAGCUACGAUGUCGAACUGUCUUCCGUCUCCUUUCAUUACUCUCGCUGGGAUCCACAACCUGCGACCUCUACCCACCCUUGAAUUACCCCACCACCCCGCCUCGUCGCGCUCAAACCCAAUCACUCUCAAGCCAAGUACAAUAUGGCGUUCUGCAGAGCCUUACAAGGCCGAUCCCGAGGAGUUAAAGAAGCUGGGUAUCAAGUAUGUGUUUGACCUGCGCAGCAAGCCAGAGUUCGAUAUGGCCGAGCAUGGCCUAGGAUGGGCUGCGCAUCCCGCUGAGGGUAUUGAACGGAUCUGGGUUCCAAUUUUCGAGGAUGAGGGCUACAACCCAGAGAGAUUGGCGGAGAGAUUCAUGAAGUACAUGAGCGAGGGCAAAAAGGGCUUUCCCCAAGCAUAUCUCGAAUUCCUCCUUGCGGCCGGACCUGCAUAUGCGAGGAUAUUCUCACAGCUUGCCUCCGACUCAUCGACUGGCAUCCUCGUGCACUGCACUGCGGGCAAAGACCGUACGGGUGUCUUCGUUGCGCUGCUUCUCUCACUUCUCGGCGCGACCGAUGAUGCCAUUGCUGAUGAAUAUGCGCUCACUGAUAUCGGCCUCGCAGAGCUGCGCCCGGGCUAUGAGGCGACGAUCUGGAAGAAUCUGCAAGCGCGAAAUCCGGAACUUGUGAAAGAAAAGGGACCGGAGAAGGCGCUGGAAGGCGUGCGGAGGAGUACUGGGUCGCAGAGGGAGAAUAUGUUAUGGACGUUGGAACUGUUGAAGGAGCGGUGGGAGAGUGCGGAGGGGUGGCUGAGGAAGGAGUGUGGGUUUUCAGGUGAGCAAAUCAUGGCUUUGAGGGAGGGUCUAACAAUGGAUGGAGAUGCGAAGGCAAGUUUGCUUUAAAGUGGAAAGGCCGAUUUGAUAUAAAUACAUGCGCCCAAGUGUAUAUACCUUGUAGGAGUACAUUAAUGCGGACUUUACUGCAACAAGGCCUGGUUUUGCAUCUCCCAUUCCAUAUUUCCGAGUCCGAGAGACCAUACAUUGUUUAACAUAGUGUGACGUUGUGCUCUGCUUCACUUGUACGAUACAAUGCACGUGAAAUGGGAAAUUAUCGUAGCUCAAAUGCAC